CGUUAUACUUAAUACCGAGCCUUCUCCCAGAGCCACAAUGGAGGCCGUUUCCCCUAGCGACAAUGCUCUGCGACUGAAGACCUUGUACGCUGACAAGUGAUCAUGGCCGCCGCGUGGGUUUUACGCAGGUGGUGUUCGAGCGCUGCUCGUGCCGCUGAGGAGCAAAGCGGAGCAACACGAAUCAAGGGAUCGCUGUGGAACAGAGCGCGGGACAGUCGCAUAGGGCUCUGGCUCAGCAGUCUCCUUGGCGAUUACCGGGAGGCCUGUCGUGAUGUCAUUGUGGGCCUGCGGGAGCGGCCACUCAAAGCUGCUGCCUACCUCUCCCUGCUGGGCGGAGUCUGGGGCUGUUACCAUAGAAACCCCGGCCCCGCCUCCUUUGAGAGCUGCCUCUUGGAGGCCUCCAACACGCUACUGCUCCUGUCGCCGUGGAUACGGAGCGGCACAGCGGAUGCCCACGUGCAGGGGCUGGUCUGGCUGCGGAACGAGGGGCGCCUGCGCUGCCUGAACCUGGGCGUGGCCACGCUGGCGUACAGCGCGCCCUUCGACCCCGACAGCAGCCUGUACGAGGCACGCUGCCCUCACCUGCGGCCCCGCUGGCUGGAGCUGCCCGAGCGGCUGCUGGACGUGGGCUUUCUGGGCCGCUGGUGGGUGCUGGAGAGGCACAUGAGGGACUGUGAUAUCAAUGAAGAGGAGUUCCGGCACCUGCCUUCACACCUGCGCUCCCUGUCCCCCUCCGCCCUGCGCUCCGAGGUCAACGAGCAGCUGCACAGGGACUCCCAGCACCCCGUCACGCUCAGCCAGGCUGACAUCGCCCAAGCCGAGCUCCAGGAUCUGGAGGAGGCGAAGGGGAGCAGCAGGGGGCAGGGGCUCCAGCCACCCCUGUGACGGCAGGACACGGACUUGACCUUCGCCCCCCCAGCCCUAGAAACGGCAGCCCUGUCCCUGUGUCUGACAUGUUUGUGUUCUGUUCCACUGCGGCUAUCUGCUUGCUGCCAUUUUCCAAUAAGAGCAGAGAGAGCCUGAAACUCAGUGAUAAGCUGUGUAAAGAGACAGUUUCCCUCAAUAAAAUGAUAAACAGUGUUUUGAGAGUGCCUGGGAAAAAGCAAUACGUUGGCAAACUGUGUCUCGUUUAGUUUUAUAUUUGGAAUUAAAAGUAAUGAACAAUG